UGAAACACGUGUAUUUCAUCAUUGUGAUACAGAACUAAUAAUUCAUUUGUUUGUAGGCAAUGGGAGCAGAGAAUGGAGCAUUUCCUGGAGUCAGCAGCCAUCACUUGGAGUAUCUGUUUCACGUUAUCCUACAGUGUACCUGCAGCACUCUGUUCAAACUCUGAAGGGCUCCAACAAGCAUCCUGUUCUACCUGUAGCACAGCUUCAUCCAGGAUACACCUGCAACAUGAACUCUGAAUGUGAUCCAAGUUCUAUACUACAGCAAAGUCCAUUAGUACACCAGAGAGCUAACAAAGAAAAGAAACCAUAUAAAUGUCCUGAAUGCAAUAAGUGUUUCAGAAGAAGGGGGAUUCUAGUAAUACAUGAAGGGACUCACAUGGUAGAGAAACCAUAUAAAUGUGCUGAAUGUAGUAAGGGUUUCAGACAAAGCAGGGAUCUAGUAAUACAUGAAAGGAUUCACACAGGAGUGAGACCAUAUAAAUGUCCUGAAUGCAGCAAGUGUUUCAAACAAUGCAGAUAUCUAACAGCGCACAAAAGGCGUCACAUUGAGAGAGCAUAUAAAUGUCCUGAAUGCAGCAAGUGUUUCAGAGACAGAAGAGAUCUAGUAAUCCAUGAAAGGAUUCACACGGGGGAGAGACCGUAUAAAUGUUCUGAAUGCAGCAAGGGUUUCACAACAGCUAGUAGCCUUAGACGUCAUCUGUUAGUUCACCAAGAAAAGAAACCGUAUAAAUGUCCUGAAUGCAAUAAGUGUUUCCGACAAAGGGGGACUCUAGUAAUACAUGAAAGAACUCACACGGGGGAGAAACCAUAUAAAUGUCCUGAAUGCAGCAAGUGUUUCAAACAAUGCAGUAAUCUAACAGCACACAGAAGGCGUCACAUUGAGAGAGCAUAUAAAUGUCCUGAAUGCAGCAAGUGUUUCAGAGACAGAAGAGAUCUAGUAAUCCAUGAAAGGAUUCACACGGGGGAGAGACCGUAUAAAUGUUCUGAAUGCAGCAAGGGUUUCACAACAGCUAGUAGCCUUAGACGUCAUCUGUUAGUUCACCAAGAAAAGAAACCGUAUAAAUGUCCUGAAUGCAAUAAGUGUUUCCGACAAAGGGGGACUCUAGUAAUACAUGAAAGAACUCACGGGGAGAAACCAUAUAAAUGUCCUGAAUGCAGCAAGUGUUUCAAACAAUGCAGUAAUCUAACAGCACACAGAAGGCGUCACAUUGAGAGAGCAUAUAAAUGUCCUGAAUGCAGCAAGUGUUUCAGAGACAGAAGAGAUCUAGUAAUCCAUGAAAGGAUUCACACGGUGGAGAGACCAUAUGAAUGCACUAAGAAUUUCACAACAACUAGUAACCUUAGAGUGCAUCUGUUAGUUCACAAAGAAAAGAAACCAUAUAAAUGUUCUGAAUGCAGCAAGUGUUUCAGGGACAGAAGAGAUCUAGUAAUCCAUGAAAGUAUUCACACGGGGGAGAGACCGUAUAAAUGUUCUGAAUGUAGCAAGGGUUUCACAACAGCUGGUAGCCUUAGACUUCAUAUGUUAGUUCACCAAGAAAAGAAACUGUAUAAAUGUCCUGAAUGCAAUAAGUGUUUCAGACAUAAGGGGACUCUAGUAAAACAUGAAAGAACUCACACGGGGGAGAGACCAUAUAAAUGUCCUGAAUGCAGCAAGUGUUUCAAACAAUGCAGUCAUCUAACAGCGCACCAAAGGAGUCACAUUGAGAGAGCAUAUAAAUGUCCUGAAUGCAGCAAGUGUUUCAGAGACAGAAAAGAUCUAGUAAUCCAUGAAAGGAUUCACACGGGGGAGAGACCAUAUAAAUGUUCUGAAUGCAGCAAGGGUUUCACAACAGCUAGUAGCCUUAGACAUCAUCUGUUAGUUCACAAAGAAGAGAAACUGUAUAAAUGUCCUAAAUGCAAUAAAUGUUAUAGACAAAGGGGGAAUCUAGUAAUACAUGAAAGAACUCACACGGGGGAGAGACCAUAUAAAUGUUCCGAAUGCAAUAAGUGUUUCAGACAAAGGGGGAAUCUAGUAAUUCAUGAAAGGACUCACAUGUUAGAGAAACCAUAUAAAUGUGCUGAAUGCAGCAAGGAUUUCACAACAACUAGUAGCCUUAGACUUCAUCUGUUAGUUCACAAAGAAGAGAAACUGUAUAAAUGUCCUGAAUGCAAUAAGUGUUUCAGACAAAGAGGGACUCUAGUAAGACAUGAAAGGACUCACACGGGGGAGAGACCAUAUAAAUGUUCCGAAUGCAAUAAGUGUUACAGACAAAGAGGGUCUCUAGUAAUACAUGAAAGGACUCACACUAGGGAGAGACCAUAUAAAUGUCCUGAAUGCACCAAGGAUUUCACAACAACUAGUAACCUUAGAGUGCAUCUGUUAGUUCACAAAGAAAAGAACUGUAUAAAUGUCCUGAAUGCAACAAGUGUACCAGACAAAGGGGGACUCUAGUAAUACAAGAAAGGACUCACACGGGGGAGAGACCAUAUAAAUGUCCUGAAUGCAGCAAGGGUUUCACAGCAACUGGUAGCCUUAGACUUCAUCUGUUAGUUCACAAAGAAAAGAAACUGUAUAAAUUUCCUGAAUGCAAUAAGUGUUUCAGACAAAGGGGGGCUCUAGUAAUGCAUAAAAGGAUUCACACGGGGGAGAGACCAUAUAAAUGUCCGGAAUGCAAUAAGUGCUUUAAACAAAGGGCGAAUCUAGUAAAACAUGAAAGGACUUGCACAGCAAAAAGCAAACUCUAAAGAUUUGGAGAAAUUAAAAAAAGAAAGCAACCUUUAAAGAAGGAAAACUAUAGCACCAGGAAAACAUCAGUUUGGGACAAGAAUGUGAUGUAAAAUAACUUGAGCAAGAGGGAGUAUACUUGAGCAAGAGGGAGUAUAUAAAUACUUUGGAAUUGAUGAAGGAUCAGCAAUAAAACAUGAACAAAUGUGAGUAAAACUUAGCAAGGAGUACAUUAGAAAAGUGGAUAGAUGAACAAGUCAGCAAGCAAAGGAGAUUAGUAGUGCUGAAGUUGAAUUCAUCCUCAAGUCUUGACGAGUACCUUCGCAAGGUGGACCCUGUUUUUUACAAAAUC